UUCAUUCUGGUCGAAGAGCUAUUAUGUACACUAGUUAUGCCUGCCGUCUUCUUGGCUAACUACGUCUUUUAUGUUUGGCUCUUAUUCCUAGUCCCUCACGCAGAAGGUUUGGGAAUAGAUCCAUCAAGAGCCGUACUUUUGUCUUCGAUUGCAGGCAUUGCUGGUACAGUUGGAAGCAUAGUCUUUUUGGUCCUCCUUCACUUUAACUACGACACAACAAUCAUCAUCAUCUUCUGUUGCUUGGUGUCUGCCAUCUCUUUCUUCUUGGACACACUCAGCUCGACGUUUGUCUUCUUAGCAGUAAUGGCAGGUGUUCAAGGGUUAGCCCUGUUCGUGGUUCGAACUAUUUCAUCCGUGAUGGCGAAGCUAGCAGUAAGAGAUGCACAGAAUAUACCAAGUGCACUCUCCCUCUUUUUCUUCUUGGAAGCAGUAGGUGUAGGAGCAGGAGAUACAAUAUCAGGGCACAUAUAUGAUGUCACAUCUUCGAUGCACACAGUCUUCAUAUCGUUUGGUAUUGCUCUUGUUGUUGCGACGGCCAAUCUUAUCAUCUUUGCCAUCUUGGUUUGUUACAAGGCAUCAGUAAAAUCAGAUUCUUAGGUGAAAUACGGCCUUCAUGUGAAAUAUUCAAUAUUUUAUGUAAUCUUUACAAAUAUAAAAUAUUGCAAGCAGAUAUGUCAAAGAAGAUAUUACAAAUACAAACGUUACUUCCAAAGACUUAAUGCAAAACAAAACGGAGUUAAGUCUUUUGUCAACUCUGUGUGUUGCUAUGGCAGGCAGCAAGUGAAAACGAACACGUUUAAUCCAAUUAUGAAAAUCCAAGCAUUACUUUAAACAAAUAAAACUUUGUUAUUUCUGGCUCAUUUU